GAUGUCAUCUAGUCACCCUUUGGCUUUGAGUGUGUCCUAAACUUUUCGGCCUCCUGCCUGACAUACCACACUCAAGAAUCCUCUUUUCGCCCGCCCAUCGCGCCCGGCACGCCCAUUAUCACUUCAUCCAAUAACAUCAUGAGUACCACGCCCAAAACGGAUAAAGAGGUCCACAUUGAGUUGGCCGAUCAGCAGAAGAUCAAUCGUUUUGCCAGGCUCAACAAUCGCUUAGAAGAAUGUAAGGAGGACCUCAAAAGCCGAGAAAACGAGGUCCAGACCCUGGAUGACGCUUCGACUGACCUUAUGAUGCUCGAAGACGACGAUGAGUUGGUCCCAUAUCAAGUGGGCGAAGUGUUCGUGUCCAUGAAACAGGACGAAGUUCAGACUCAGAUUGAGGCCCGAAAGGCUGAAGUGGAAGUGGAGGUGGGCAAAAUCAAGGAGAAAAUGGACGGAUUGAAGGGCGAAAUGUCUGAUCUAAAAACUCAUUUGUAUGCAAAAUUUGGCAGUGCCAUUAAUCUCGAGGCGGAUGAAGAAUGAUGAUAAUUAAUAACAACAAUAAAGAUAACAGAGCAUGUUCUGCUAAGAA